UUUUUUUUUUGUCCUAAAAUAUAUUUUCAUGCAAACUUUUAUCUUCACACGAUGUCGCUGCGCUACUGAUAUUCACCUUAAGGGGAGGAUGCGAGAACAGCCGUGCUUGGCUUUCUGUUGGACGGAUGCAGAGAGAGCAGCACUGAAGCUCAGCUGAAUCUGAUCAGCGGGCGGGAUCCACGGCACGGCGUUAUGGCGAUGCUCUGCUGGAUGUUUUCAAGAAUCCAAACACCCGCUAACCUCGAUUCGUUUUGGAACACACUGCUAUAUUUCUUGUAAAAGACAGUGAAAGCAUUGACAUGUGCUCUGCAAUGGAUCCGUGGAGGAGAAGGCAGCUCGGUUUUGUCGUCCUCUCCGCGAUGUGGAGUCUCGCCUCGGCUGUAACACGAUACUCCAUCCCUGAAGAAAUUCCAGUGGGCACAGUGCUCGCAAAUAUUGCCACGGAUUUGGGCCUUGACGCUCACAGUCUGUUGGAACGAAAGGUAAAGCUGGAUUAUAUCCAUAGCAAGAAAUACCUAGAAAUAAACGAAAACACUGGAGAACUGUUUAUCGCUGAGAAAAUUGACCGGGAGUAUUUAUGCCCGGCCAAAACAUCAUCAUUUUGCUUCCUCAAGAUGGACGUGAUAAUCGAGAGUCCAGUACGCAUAUUUAAUAUAGAAUUAGAAAUUAUGGAUAUCAAUGACAACGCGCCUCAGUUCAGAAGGGAGAGAAUACCGCUCGAUAUUUCAGAAUCAGCAACACCCGGAGAGAGAUUUUCUUUAACAAACGCGGUGGAUGCAGAUGUUGGAGAGAACUCAAUCGAGACCUAUUAUCUGAGUGACAGCGACACGUUUACGAUUGAAAUCCAGUCUGGAAGUGACGGAACUAAAUACGUCGACCUGGUGCUAAAAGCGAGUUUAGACAGAGAAAAACAAGCCGUUCAUACACUAACCCUCACCGCCGUGGACGGCGGCGUACCUGCGCGCUUAGGUACGGCCAGCAUUAUCAUCCAAGUGCUGGAUACCAAUGACAACGCCCCUCAGUUUGAUCGACAAGUGUACUCGGUUGACCUCAUUGAAAAUGCACCAAUCGGGACACUGAUUAUGCAGCUGAAUGCAACCGAUUUGGAUGAGGGUGUCAAUGCAGAGGUCAUAUACUCCUUCACUUUAUACACAUCCGAGAAAACACAAGAAAAGUUCUCGUUGGAUCCCAGCAGUGGAGAAAUAAGAGUAAAAGACAUGACUGACUUUGAAGAAGUGAAGAGCUUUGAGAUGUACGUUGAAGCCAAGGACAAGGCCGUGAAUCCACUUUCUGGUCAGUGUAAAAUUUUGGUGUUCAUCACUGAUCUAAACGAUAACCAUCCUGAGAUUACAAUAAAAUCUUUUCAUAGUUCGAUUAAAGAAAAUGACCCCGUAGGAACAGUGAUCGCCGUCAUCAGUGUGAGUGACAGGGACUCUGGGGAUAAUGGUAAGGUUGUUCUUUCCAUCCACAAUGCUGAGAUUUUACCAUUUGCUCUUAAUAAGUCAUCUGAAGACUUUUUUGAGUUAAUAGUCACUGAAUCGCUUGACCGUGAGCUCAAAAACAGUUAUGAUAUCACACUUUAUGUGACCGACAGAGGAACCCCACCUUUGACUGAUAACGAAACAAUCAGUCUUACAGUUCAAGAUGUCAACGAUAACGCCCCAACGUUCCCUCAAUCCUUCUAUACCAUUCAUUUAAUGGAAAACAAUGAGCCUGGGGUUUUGCUCGCCUCCUUAACGGCCCAUGACCCAGACUUCCACGAAAAUCAGUAUAUUGUUUACUUCAUCAUAGAAAAGGAGAUCGCCAACACUUCAAUGUCCAUGCUGUUUUCCAUCAAUCCCGAGAACGGCAACCUCUACGCAUUACGCACGUUUGACUACGAAAGAGAGAAGGAGUUUCUGUUUCACACUGAAGCUAGAGAUUCAGGAGUUCCUUCUCUUAGCAGUAACAUGACCGUACACAUCAUCAUCCUGGACCAAAACGACAACACGCCGCUCAUAGUUUCUCCAUGGUGUCCGCAAGGUGCUGUUAUAGAAGAAGUAAUCCCGAGGUCGAGCGAUAAAGGAUCCCUGGUCACCAAGGUCAUUGCGUUGGAUUCCGACUCCAUGCAGAACUCUCGAAUAACAUAUCAGUUCCUCCAGAUCACCGACACCACGCUAUUCAGCCUCGACCAGUACAACGGUGAGAUACGAACCACUCGCAUGUUCAGUUACAGAGACCCCAGACAUCAGCGCCUGGUCAUCAUAGCCAGAGACAAUGGAGAUCCUCCUCGCUCCGCCACGGUGACCAUCAAGAUCUCCACGGUGGAGCAAGUGGUCACGCAGUUUACCGAAACCACAGAGGUGCCUAUGGAAUACGACCUGUUUACUGAUCUCAACCUGUAUUUGCUGAUCGGUUUGGGGUCGGUGUUGUUUCUUCUGCUCAUAACCAUCCUGGUGAUCAUCGUGCUGAAAUGUCAAGAACCCAAACCCUCACAAGCGGCUCCUCAGGGUAGGAACAGCAUCAUCAGCCAGAGGAACUCUUCCACCAUUGCUGACUCUACUCUCAUCUCUAGUGAUGCCUACUGGUACAGUCUGUUUCUGGCAGAGACUAGAAAAGGCAAGUUGGUGGUGCAGCAGCCCCUUCCAAAUGGAGCGGGGUUUGUUGUGUCAAGCAUCCCAGGAACUUCUGCACUGACUGAGACCAGUGCUUCAAGGUCUUCCACUUUACAGGAGUCAAGCAGUGAUUUACCAUGAUCUGGACAAGCUGACUGAUGGAUUACAACCUUCCCCACCAGGCUCACUGUCCGUGACAGACAGAUUGAUCUUCUGUUUUACCAUUUUUCAGGGUUUCAUUCGAUUCAAGACUGUGAAGAAUCAAAGCUUUCAAACACCUCUGUGUGUAGCUUCAAGAGAGCAUUUUAAUAUUCUUUCAUAUUUUGUUUUCAUUUAUAAUAUUAAUCAUUGAAUUUAUAUUACUUAUUAUUUUCCAUGCUCUUGCAAUGCUUGUGUCAGAUUAGGCAUAAAGAAACACACAACUCAGAGAUUAUUCAGUUACUUCUAUUGAGUUGUUUUGACCAUCACUUCUUCUCCAGCUUCCUGCUCUUCGUGUUGCCUUUUUGGCUAAUAGAAGAAUUAACUUUCAAUUGACUUUCAAGACCAACAUUGUGUCAGAGAGAGAGACAUUCAGUGCGGCUUUGUGGCGAUUUAAGGCUGGGUCUAACAACUGUAUAUCAGCCACUUGUAACGACAUUGAGCAUGACUUUGCAUGGCUAAGACAAACAAGAUGGACUUUUUGUAUCUAAAAGACUUCUAAAUAGACUCUACUACAGAGCAAAGAGAGAAGUGAUACUUCAUGACUACAAGAAGAACUGGACUUUCACCUUUCUGGUUCUAGUAAGUUAUGAACUACAAAACAGCUGGUAAAGAGAUGAAAAGAGACUGUUAAAGGGUUCUGGUAUUAAUGAUGCUCUAUUUUUACAUUGUUAAAACACGCUGAUGAGAAAGCUGUGAUCAGAUGAGCACAAUCUAAUUAGCCAGGCGUUGUCUAUACCUCAAAACACUUGGGUUGCCAGCUAUGUGGUGCACAUGACUCAUGUUUAUUUUUAUCCUGUCUACCAAAUACCAUAAAUGGCCUAAAACAUUCAAAAGCAUUAAAAAAGUACAUUAUUUGAAAUCCUAGACAAAUGCUACAAAGAGUAAUAAUCACAUGAAUGACACUUUACAAAAAGGUUUUACAUGUUAGUUAACUA